ACAGCCCCAGAACAGACAAUAAAAGCGCUGCAGGGACUGAGAAUCAACGCACCAGUGUUGCAUCUUCAAUCAACACCUUUUUUGUACUUGGCAUUGGCGACCCAAGAACUGCCUGUUUAACCCGGGUAAAAGAAAGAUGACCGUCGGUGAAACCAGGAUUCAUCACGCUGGCAAGCAGCUAAACGGAGAUGCCAUGGUCGAAAACUCGACUGUGGAUGAUGUUUUUGACGACACCUAUAAGGCGAAAGCGCAGAAGCCACCGCGGAUAUUGGUGUGGAGAAAUAUCAUACUGAUGUCUGCUUUGCAUUUUGGUGCGCUUUAUGGACUGGUUCUCAUUCCUUCCGCGUCGAAUUCAACUCUUGCCUGGACUGCAGUGUGCUACCUCCUCAGUGCUCUUGGUGUGACUGCUGGUGCACAUAGAUUAUGGAGCCACAGAUCUUAUAAGGCUUCUUUCCCUUUGCGAGUCUUCCUUGCUCUUGCCAAUUCAAUGGCGUUUCAGAAUGACAUUUAUGAGUGGGCGAGGGAUCACCGUGUCCACCACAAGUACUCUGAGACAGAUGCAGACCCUCAUAAUGCAAUGCGGGGCUUCUUCUUCUCCCACAUUGGUUGGCUGCUGGUUCGCAAGCAUCCUGAUGUCAUUGAAAAGGGGCAGAAAAUGGAGCUGUCGGACUUGAAGGCAGAUGAAGUGGUGAUGUUUCAGAGACGGCACUACAAGCUCUGUGUGGUGAUUCUUUGCUUCCUUGUACCCAUGUUGGUACCCUGGUACUUCUGGGGUGAGUCUUUACUUGUGGGGUAUUUUGUCCCUGGACUCCUGAGGUACGCAGUGGUGCUAAAUGCGACCUGGCUGGUCAACAGUGCUGCACACAUAUGGGGCAACAGGCCUUAUGACAUGACCAUCAACCCGAGGGAGAAUCCAUUUGUUGCUUUCAGUGCCGUAGGGGAAGGCUUCCACAACUAUCAUCACACAUUUCCCUUUGACUAUGCCACAAGUGAGUUUGGCUGCAAGCUCAAUGUCACCACUGCCUUCAUUGACCUCAUGUGCUUCAUGGGUCUGGCCAAAGACUGUAAGAGGGUUUCAAAGGAAAUGAUAAUUGCACGUAUGAAGCGAACGGGUGACAGCAGCAACAAGAGUGGCUGAGUCAGUUGCACUACAAAGCUCUUUAACUGAUAGUAUGUGCCGAACCGAGACAGAAAGUAGCAACAAGUAUAGCAGCAUUUCACUGGUGGAGGGUGAUUACCAUGCUUGUGAUUAUCAGUUAAAUCUCUGAGACUAAUUUUUUGGCUUUAAGGAGUUUGUCCUAUAAAGGUUGUGGUUCUCUUAAAUUUGAAGUGCCCGCACAGACUGUUUGCAACAGAUAGCUGGUUGACUACACGUGCAGCUUUGUCACUGUGUCAUCAAACAGGCAUACGAAAGAAUAAAUGUGGUUUUGCUUUAAAGUGUGGAGAAAGCAGUAAUUACAGAGUAAAAUUCUGUACUUUGUAUUUAUUAAUUUGCUAUUUAUUAAUAGUCUUUGGCACUUUGAAUGCUUUAUUGAAACCCUUAAAAGUGCAGUUUCUCUGCAGGCAAGAUUAAAGUCAUUUUGCUCUAAUUUCUGUCAGUGGUGCUUUGUUUCAUCCCACAAAGAGUUGAAGUUUAUAAAAUCCCCAGUCUUUUUUUUUUUUUUUUUUUUUUUUUUUACUUCGGCUAAAGCUUUUUGGUAAGCUAGUUAUUUUUACUUGAAUACAAGCUGCUGUUAAAGGCCAAUGUCAACAUAGCCAGGCCUCUAUGGAGGUUUUACCAAGUGUCAAACCUGAAAAGACGAAUACACUUCAGAUGUGUUGUACUUGGAUACUUAAAUACCCAGUGUAUCCAUUUGUCUGGUUGCUGAGGAUUAACUUUCCUAGAUAUUAUAACUGGAUUUCUCUUAAAAAACAAAAAACUGUGGUUGAGAUGUUAAGCAGCCUCAUAUUUCAUUAUUAACCCUCUUCAUUUUAUGCCUCCUAAAUGAAUCGUAGGCCCAUACCUCUUAAUGAUUUAAAAGUAGUUAAUCAUUUGAAAUAACGUUGCAAUCCUUUUUGAAAUGCUCAUGUUCUUCAGAUUAAACCAAUGAGACAUAAGUGGAAAGUGCAUUUACCUUUGUGACCUAUUAAUAGUCAGGGGUGGGAUAUGGACUCACUGCUGUUGGAAUAUGGUCAUUGAGCUCUUUAUUUGCCAAAUGUAAUAUUUGGUAAUUGUAGUGUUUGUUUUCAAGUAGAGAAGAAAAAAAAUGGCAUGAAUUCGAAAGAAACAAUUUAGUAUUUUGUCACCUCUCUGGCUUUUGAUAACUUGCAUUUCUCAAGAAAUGAAUUUUAAUAGAUAUAUUUCAGUUUCUAUCUUUCUUGUACAGUUGUUUAAAAAUCAUGUUUACAGGAUGCAUCUAUAUUAGUGUUUUACCUCCAAUGGUAAAAAAAGAUAAUUCCAUAGAUUGAGAUUCGGGUUAUUUGCUGACCAAGUCCCUGAUUACUCUGUGGUACUCUUGGUUUUGAAUGUCAAAAUAAACCCAAAAAUUACAAUGCACACCGGUGCAUUUAUUGUAGAGGUAAUCAUCCAGGUUCCUUACUUAACGUACGCCUAAUAUCAGCUGUGGAAAUUUUUCUUCAGGCAGUCAGUCAUCUCCUCGUCUAGUCCAAAUUUGUAAUUUGUCUCUCUCAUCCAGGAAUCUACAGUCAAUGACGACUUCAACCCACAAAUUUCAUUGAACUGAUUUCUGUUUGACCAUAAAUUCUGUUUCUGCUCUUUCUCAUCUCUUAUUUUGAAUUUUCUAUUUUCAGGCUGAUUAUUUUAAAGGUUUCUGUCCCAAUGCUUUGACGUGUUUGGGUUACAUGUAUGUUUCCCUUUUUUACAGCUUUCCCUUUUUGUUUGUACUUGGUUCAAACGUCAGACACAUUACAAAUAUUUUGCCACGCUCAGAUUUGAAUUUGAAGGACUUUUAUAAUCCUUUACAUUAUUUCCACUGACAGCCUGGUGCAGUUAUUUAUUUUAGAAAUGCAAAUUACAAGGUGAUUCAAUUUUUUCCCCCUCUACUUGAUUUUCUUGAGGGGGGGGAAAGCUAUGAAUGAAAUCUAUUCAGCUGAGUGAACACCCUUCAAGAGUGGGAUUUAUUUUAACAGACGUUGUAUAAAAAUGUUGGGCCUUACAAGGGUGCACACAUUUAAAAUUCAAAGUGUUAAAUGCAGAGAGAAAACACCUGAAUCUUUGUCUAACCGUUUUAGAGUGGGUUGGCUUUUAAGAAACACCUGUAAUCCCUGUUCAUUUAUGUCAAAAUAAAAAUGCUUAAAUUUGGGUUACUGCCAUUUAACUCUUGUGUAAACAAAAACUGCAUUAAAACAAUUAAACUUGUUCAAAGAUACUGUUGUAACAAUGACUAUUCCUCUUUUACAAAGCAGCACUUUUCUAGUGUUGAAAAUGGCACCUUUAUUUCUAAAGAAUGUUUUUGUAUGUAUUGUAUGGACUAUAAAUAAACCAAAUUUGUACUC